CUGGCCUGGCUGGGAAAUGGCGGAGGAAAAGGGGUACCUGGCCGUGUCCGGAGAGCGCAUCUCGCUGCAGCGCCGCCACCACAGCGCCUCCUGUCGGGAGUUCCAGGUGCGCUGCCCGCGGCUGCGGCUGCGCUCGCUCAGCGCCGUGACGUGCUCCGUGUGGCUGGUGGCUUACGGGCUCUUCGUGGUCAGCCAGAACAGCAUGAUGCUCUCGGCUGCUAUAUUUAUCACACUGAUUGGCUUGCUUGUGUACCUUCACUUUGUGAAAAUUGACCACGAGUCCCUGCUGGUUGUUGGCUCACUUGGAAUACAGAUGACUUCAUCUUAUGCAUCUGGCAAAGAGAGUACAACCUUUAUAGAGAUGAACCAAGUAAAAGAUGUGGUUAUCAAUGAAGCCAUUUAUAUGCAAAAGGUUAUCUAUUACCUGUGCAUCCUUCUUCAAGACCCUGUGGAACCUCAUGUUGUUUCUGAGGUAGUACCACUCUUUCAGAGCUCCAAGCCACGUUUAGAUUGCCUGGUAGAAGUGUACAAAAGCUGCCAAGAAAUCCUGGAGCAGAGGAAGAAAACUUGAUACCAGCGUUUAAUGUGAAACUUCUAUCAAGACAGAAAAUCUGAUAUCAUGCCAAGAAAUAUUUGAGAAGGUAUUCACAGGCAAGCAUGUUAAUGAACUUAGCCAUAUAGAUAACUAGAUGGCAGUGGGUUCUAAUGACCCAGGGAACUGAUAAUUGCUAGUGCUUUCUUGGGCUAGGAUUGAACGUGCAACCUUGGAGAAAUGUCAGGGCGGGGGUGGGUG